UUGGCAGACAAUGAAGCAGAUGUGAUUCACACCAGAGGAGCCGGCUUUUUUAUAUAUAUAUAUAAAAAGUUGUAUCCAGCGUAGUUACAGAACUGAGGAGUUUCCAUAUGAUGCUGUCUCAAAUCUUCUGGGAUCACAGGACGUUUCUACUCAGCAGAGUGUGAUAUUUGCUUGUCUUUUCCCUAGGAAUUUGUGAGCUCUAGGGGUGCUUUCUGAGCGGCCCCCAAGAAUCCUGACCGGAAUAUAUGCUAAUGAUUUAUUAUCAAAGAGCUUUUGGAAUGGCUGGAAGUAGCACUGUUGUUAUUUUUUCCUCCUUUUGUUUGUGUGUAAUAGCAACUACUGGCUAUGUGGGUGAACUCAGGGAAGAUUAGCUGAAAUGAGGAGCAACUAGCAAAGUAAAUGAAUUUGUAGCCUUUGUGCUACUGUCUCUUUGUAUUAAAGUAGUUCAUGCACUGUAGCUAUGCAGGUGCGGUGCCAUGUGGAUAAAGAGCUUGCAUAUAUUGGUGGCAACUAGAAAAUACACGGCUGUCUGCCUAGAAAAGGGGAGGGGUAUUGUAUGCAAUACCGUUUGGUCUCUCUCUUUUUUCUCCUGCAAAAAGUAGGACAUUGUGUGUGUGGUUUUUUUAAAAAAAAUAAAAAGCGAAAAAGAUUCCACUUGCUGCAGUUUGAACUGUUUUAAAAUGCUGAAAUUAAAGGCCUUCUGCUUGGAUUACUGGCAGUUUCUAUGUCUCCAGCCUCUUCAUGGCUUCUAUAAAAGUGUUGAGGGUGAAGCUCCUGGAAGUGAAACAGGCACAUCAUUGGAUAGUCCCUCUACCUAUCAUCAAGGAGCUAUAACUCACAGUUCAGCUCUAAGCCCAGACCAUUACGACCAUUCUCCAUACGGGCUGUAUUCCGUCUCCCCAGGGCAGCAAAGGCCCCGGAGGCCAAAGCUUCAACACUCAACAUCCAUACUCAGAAAACAAGCAGAGGAAGAAGCUAUUAAAAGGUCGAGGUCACUUUCAGAGAGCUAUGAACUCUCAUCGGACUUGCAGGAUAAGCAGGUUGAAAUGCUAGAACGGAAAUAUGGAGGCCGUCUCAUAACUAGACAUGCCGCUCGUACUAUACAGACUGCUUUCCGCCAGUAUCAGAUGAACAAAAACUUUGAGCGGCUUAGAAGUUCUAUGUCUGAAAAUCGUAUGUCAAGACGCAUUGUUCUAUCCAAUAUGAGAAUGCAGUUUUCGUUUGAAGGACCUGAGAAAGUCCACAGUUCCUACUUCGAGGGGAAGCAAGUUUCUGUUACAAAUGAUGGGUCAAAACUAGGAGCCCUUGUCCAAUCUGAAUGUAGUGACCUUGGUGAAUCGGCUACAAUGAAAUCUCCAGCAGCGUCCACUGACUUUGCUGAUGCCAUAACGGAACUGGAGGAUGCUUUUUCGAGACAAGUAAAAUCUCUUGCCGAGUCCAUUGACGAUGCAUUAAAUUGUCGUAGCAUGCACUCUGAUGAGGUACAGAUACCUGAUCAGGUCAGAAGUCGGGAAAUAGAGAGGGACAGUUGUCAAACUAAACCAACAAGCCAUAAUGUGGACCACAGGAAACUUGAUGAAAUGACUGCAUCUUAUAGUGACGUUACAUUGUAUAUUGAUGAAGAAGAACUAUCCCCACCACUUCCUCUUUCCCAAUCAGUAGAUAGGCCAUCUAGCACAGAAUCUGACCUAAGACUUCGGUCAAUGAACCCAUCUCAAGAGUACUGGUCUAUGACACACAAGGAUCAUAAGAUAGAUACUGAUACGAGCUGCAGAAGUACCCCUUCACUAGAAUCCCAGGAACAAAGAAUGAGAAUGGAUCAUUUGCCUUUGCUAACUAUAGAACCACCUAGUGACAGUUCAGUGGACUUAAGUGAUCGCUCAGAGAGGGGAUCAUUAAAGAGACAGAAUGCAUAUGAUCGAGGAAUUACUAGUACGCAAGGUAGUCCCAAGCAUAUCUCACAUGGCAUCCCUACCAAGAUAAUUUCCCGAGAGGACCAGGAGACUAGACAUAGACCAAGGCCUAUUGAUAGCCACUUAGCCAUUAAUGGCACAGCAAACAGGCAAAGCAAAUCUGAGUCUGAUUAUUCUGAUGGAGACAAUGAUAGCAUUAAUAGCACUUCCAAUUCCAAUGAUACAAUAAACUGCAGCUCAGAGUCUUCUUCUCGAGACAGCUUAAGGGAACAAACACUGAGCAAGCAAACGUACCAUAAAGAGACUCGCAAUAGCUGGGAUUCUCCUGCCUUCAGUAAUGACAUCAUCAGGAAACGUCACUAUAGGAUUGGAUUGAACCUUUUUAAUAAAAAACCUGAAAAAGGAAUCCAAUACCUAAUUGAGAGAGGCUUUGUGCCAGAUACGCCUGUUGGAGUUGCUCAUUUCCUUCUGCAGAGAAAAGGACUCAGCAGACAGAUGAUUGGAGAAUUCCUCGGAAAUCGACAAAAGCAGUUUAACCGGGAUGUGUUGGACUGUGUUGUGGAUGAAAUGGACUUCUCAGCUAUGGAACUAGAUGAAGCACUCAGGAAAUUCCAAGCUCAUAUCCGUGUUCAAGGGGAAGCUCAAAAAGUAGAACGACUCAUUGAAGCUUUUAGCCAGAGAUACUGCAUCUGCAAUCCAGGUGUUGUGAGACAGUUUAGAAAUCCUGAUACCAUCUUCAUCCUAGCUUUUGCAAUCAUAUUAUUAAACACAGAUAUGUAUAGUCCAAAUGUGAAACCAGAACGCAAAAUGAAGCUUGAAGAUUUUGUCAAGAAUCUAAGAGGUGUGGAUGAUGGUGAAGAUAUUCCACGGGAGAUGCUUAUUGGGAUCUAUGAAAGAAUCCGAAAGCGGGAGCUCAAGACAAACGAGGAUCAUGUGUCACAGGUCCAAAAGGUUGAAAAACUCAUAGUAGGAAAGAAACCGAUUGGAUCUCUACACCAUGGACUUGGUUGUGUCCUUUCUCUUCCACAUCGGAGACUUGUUUGCUACUGCAGGCUCUUUGAAGUUCCAGAUCCAAAUAAACCACAGAAGCUUGGAUUACACCAGCGGGAAAUAUUUUUAUUUAAUGAUCUGCUUGUGGUCACUAAGAUCUUUCAAAAGAAGAAGAAUUCAGUCACAUACAGUUUUCGACAGUCCUUUUCCCUCUAUGGAAUGCAGGUGCUCCUUUUUGAGAAUCAGUAUUAUCCUAAUGGCAUACGGCUCACAUCAGCUGUUCCGGGAGCAGAUAUAAAAGUUUUGAUAAAUUUCAAUGCGCCAAAUCCCCAGGACAGAAAGAAAUUUACGGAUGAUCUGAGGGAGUCUGUUGCAGAGGUACAAGAAAUGGAAAAGCACAGAAUAGAGUGUAAGUACAAAGCUGAACUUGAAAAGCAGAAAGGUGUAGUACGACCAAGCAUGUCUCAGUGCUCUAGCCUGAAAAAAGAGUCUGGCAAUGGGACAUUGAACCGUGCCUGCCUUGAUGACAGUUACGCCACUGGGGAGGGUCUUAAAAGGAGUGCCCUUAGCAGCUCUCUUAGAGACCUCUCUGAAGCAGGCAAGCGUGGGCGUCGCAGCAGUGCAGGAUCGCUAGACAGCAAUAUGGAAGGGUCCAUCAUUAGCAGUCCUCAUAUGCGCCGAAGAGCUACAUCAACCCGAGAGUGUCCAUCUCGCCCUCACCACCAGACUAUGCCUAAUUCUUCCUCACUACUAGGGUCCUUAUUUGGUAGUAAAAGGGGAAAGCCUUCCCAAGGCCACCUAGCAACUGGCCCGUCACAGCACCCACCUCACCCUCCUAUACUUUCACAUCAGCAGCAUUCGCAGCACUCUUCUUCCGCCCUGCACCACGCGGGGCCAGCGGAGGGGCAGACCCAGGCACAAGUGCACACCCACCAUUCUCAGUACUGCCACAUGCAGAACCCGCCUCCCUACCAUCACCACCACCACUACCACCCACCCCAGCACAUCCAGCACCCUCACCAGUACCACCACGUGCCGCACUCGCAGCAUGUAGCGCAUUCGCAGCAUUCUUACAUACCGCAUUCCCACUCGCAACAUUCUCAUGCCCCCCAUCCUCCAUUACCCGCUCCUCACCCCGUACACUCUUCCCACGCGCCACAUCACCACGGCCAGCCGGUGCCCCCUUCUAGUUCAGCCAGCACUAAGCCCAAACAUAGCGGCAUCAGCACAAUAGUCUAGAACCAAACUCCUCUGCCAGUAAUUGUAGCUCUAGACAGGCACUUAUAGGAAGCAGAAGCAGCCUAUAAAACUGGAAUGGUUUGUUUGUUUUUUAAUAAUAAUAAAUAAAUAAAAAUGAAACACAAGCCAGAAACAACUUAAUUGACUCCUUUGCCUUAAGGAUUCAAUAGAACAACUCACGUUAGCUUGAUCAGUGCUGGUCUUAACAACUGAACUCAGUGGUGAUCUUCUCCCUCCUUUUCUCCAGUAGCCUUGAAAAUAUGCUGCUUGCUGAAAACAUUUAUGCUACCUUUUGUUUCACCCACCCCCCCAUGACAAUUUUUAAUGCAUAAUGAAAACAUAACCUCAAAAUAAAAGGAAAAAAAUAUGAAAUAGAACCAAGUGUUGCAUUCUUGCUCCUUAAUUGUCAAUGGGCAAAAAAAGUAGACCUCAUAUGGUUGAUGAAAGUACGUAAGUAAACUUUAUAUAAUAUAAAUAUAUAAAUAUAUACAUAUAUAUAUAUAUAUACUGUAUAGUUAACAUUUAUGCUUACAACAAAACUUUUGCAGUCCACAAAGCUAGCAAUAUAUACUUUACCAGGAAUUCCAUUUACUGAUAGAAGGGCAGUACAGUAGUUGAACAGCGUAAUGAAAGUGUAGACCAAAAAACUAGGAACAAAUUCCAGGCAUUUCAGUGUUCUCAUUAAAAGUUCUCUGGACUUUGAAAAAUAUCUCUAAGCAAUCAUUGCAAAGUGUGCCAAGUAACAUAGCAUUUAGCUGUUGUAGUCAACUAUUGCUUUGUACAAAUCCUUAUUUUAUUAACAAGAUAAUAUACUUAAUCAGUAUUAUAACUGUUCUACUAUUUCAGGUAAGCAAACUAGUUAAGAUGCAGUAACUAUACAGUAGCAACACGAGACCCCCUUUGUUAAGGGCUGUCUCUACCUUUUGGUUACUCAGAUUCUUAGACACUUUAAAGGCUGUGAUAACUGUGAACUUACACAAUCCAUAGUUCUUCUUUUAUAUUCAUAUAUGUUUUAAUAAACUCACAUGAAGAUUUAAAUGGAAGGUACUUGCGUACACGGCAUAAACAUUCAUCUCAGACCUUAAAACAAGAAGCAUCCAUCCCUUUCCCGACACAUUGCCACUUUACCAUAACUUACUCAGUUUAUCUCAGUUAAAAUAGACUGCAGUUCAGGCUUGCCUUUCCAUAUGAAAGUGAUCUGAAACUUGAAGGCUUAUUUUAGUACAGAUUUUUUAUAACUGUAAUUCCAUGUAGCCAUGUGCUGGCAGCAGGACUCUCUCACCAUUUCUUCAUCACAUUUGUUAGUUUAUCCCAGCACUCAGCAGGCUGAGUCUUUGCUCGAACUGUCAUGGUCCAGUUAAGUCGCAAGACAUCUCGUAAGAGCCAACUGUGCUGUUGUUGCUUAUGUGUUGUAACGAGUCAUUCGCAAAUCCGUAUGCGAUUUUUUUGUACCCCCUAAAUCCUAUUUUUUUAAAUUUAAAAAAAAAAGAAAGAAAUCAUACAUGGAGAAUACUUUGUAGUUUCAGCAUUUUGAGCCACCCCAGUCACAAGGACUGUACAUCUAACUGGCAGAAACAAAAGGAACUGCAGAACUACACCAGCAGAAUUGUGAAUGUGGUUUAAAAGAAGAGGAAGGAAAAGUUCCAGUGAGAGAUGGGUAAAACAAAUAAACACAAAAACAGUGUUGCUUCGGAAUGUAGAAGUGAUACAUGAAGAUGACUCUUAUGUAUUGGUGAUUCCCGAUGUCUCCAGUUUGUUUUGUUUUUUCUCUCCCUCUCCUUCUUGCUAUGGAUUAUAUCAUGAUUACCAGCAAAACUAAAAACCAAUUACUUCUGUUAACUUCCACUCAGCAAAAACAACCACCUAGAGUUUAGUCUGCUGUUUAAAUUUGUCUGUUAUUUUCUACGCGUGCAAUACUUCCUGUUUUGUUUCCCCCCCCCCCCCCAUAAAUUAACUACAUAUGAAAUGAAAGUAAUAAAAGUCAAUUUGAUGGUCAUCCAGGCAGAUUACCGAAGAGGGUUCAUCUCAGCAGCCCCUUGAGGCUCGUUGUUCCUUGCAGUUUAAGCAUUGUUUGUCCUUAUGAGGGAUAAUAGAACUGUCUGCAUGUCAUCUAAUGUUAAUAGUAUUAAAGCUACACUCUACAUAUUGUAUAUUUGCAAAAUAUAUCAGUGUUACUGUUUAUAUUAGUUGAAGUAAAGUAAUGACAUAUUUAAAUAUGUAGACUUUUCUUCAGACCUUUGUACCAAUAGUAGAGUCUAACUGUAAUUUAUAAGUUGUUCCAGAAAAGAUAAGUAGCUGGUGGGAUACUUUCCCCCCGUGUUGUCACUCGUUGAAUAUUCUGCAUGAACCAGACUCAAAAACACAUUCACUGGACAACCACAUUGCUUUGCAUUUGACGGAUUAAUAUUGGCCACACACAAAAGUACUUUAGUGUUGCCCAUCUAUUUAUAUAAUUUGGAUGCCCUAGGGAACCCCGUGUAAGGUUUUAAACUCCCGUACUGUUGCUUGUUUUAAGUUCACAUACACACAAACAUCCUUAUAUGAUUCAUAUGAAUUUCGUAAAAUGAAGGUUAUAUAUUACUAUUAUUUAUUUCAUUUUCUUGCCAUAUGCAUAUGGAACAUAUAAGUAGAGUGAAUGCGUUAGAAACAUGAAGUGCAUGAAUCUCAACAUACCAUGAAUACCGAAAGAGGUUCAUUCCCCCCCCCAUAAGUAUUUUCGAUAAGAACAUCCUGUAACCAGCAUUACUUUUCAAAACUUCACUGCUUUUUAGAGGAGCAGUCUAAGGUGCCAGAAUCCCUUUUAUAGACCAAGAGUACAGAACCGUUUCUCUUAGAUUGGGAAAAUGACAGCAAUCAUCAUUAGCUUCUAUGUGCAGUUAGAGGAAAUAAAUUUUAUAGCAUGCAGCAGGGGAAAAGUAGUUACCGGAAAGCUUUUCUUAGUUUUUCCGUAUUGAUUAAAAUCCAUACAAAACACUAUUGAACCAUGUGUCUUUCUUCCCAUGAAUAGUAUGGCUUAGGUAAAAGCAACAAUUUGAAGUUAAAAGAAAAACUAAAUAACCUUGCAAAAGUAUCUUUUCUGGGACAACGUCAAAUAUGUAUUUGUUUUAAUCCUUUUAAGUUAAGAAUGAAAUGUACAACAAUGUAAAAAAAAAAGUAAUCCUAAUAUAAUGUAUGUCUUGUAUUGCUAAAAAGAAGUCUUCAAGCAUAACAUUGUAGAAUGAUUUUCCCAUCAAGCACUGCAUGCAGCAGAAGCCUCUUGUUUCUUGAUUUUAAAAUGAGCUGAAAGACAGUCAGCAGCUAUUUAAACAAUGACUCUCUACAUGUUGACUUGCUGUUCCAUAUAAAGCUGUGUGUUUACUGCAGUUAAGCAUGCAUUUUGCUGUUUCCGUUGUAAAAUAUCAUCACAUCUUGCCUGCAAAAAUGAGUAAUUGUGUAUAUAGUUAAAGAAAAAAACUUGACCAAUAAUAAGAUAAAAUUUUGAGGGAGGGAAAGGAUAGCGAAGCAGGACCAAGUAGGGAGAAUAGCUAAUUCUCUAUAUUGUACAUAGUGUGUAAAUUAGUAUUAAUACAAGUCUGCAGUCACUUUCAGGUUGCAUACAGUACCUGUCUCCUGCUAGGAACUUUAAUCCCAGCCUUGCGUUGUAUUAAACUGUUGGAAUUAGGUCUUGAAUGCAGACUGUUAAAAGACCUCAAGAAACAUCAUGCUCAUGAAAAGCUUCUGUUAUGGGAGGCUUCAGACCAUUUUGUAACUGUUGGGAAGGAAGGAGUGCUUUCAUUUUAAUAUGCAUUGUUUGUAAGUAGUAUCAGACCUUAUCGUUGUAAAACUAUAACUGUGAUUAUGUGGGAAAUCAAAUAAAUCACUUUGAACUCA